AUGUCAUUGGUCAGAGUGAACCGUUACCGUCCCCGGGGAAGUGGAAGAAAAACACUGAAAGUGAAGAAGAAGAAAACUUCAGUGAAGCAAGAAUGGGAUAAUACUGUGAAUGAUCUAACAGUUCAUCGGGCAACUCCUGAAGAUCUGGUACGUCGUCAUGAAAUACAUAAAUCGAAGAAUAGAGCUUUAGUGCACUGGGAACUCCAAGAAAAAGCUUUGAAGAGAAAACGGAGGAAGCAGAAACUAGAAUCUUCAAGUCUUGAGAAAAGAAGAUUGUCUAUCAUGAGAGAGAUUCUUUCUGAUCAAUACCAGAUGCAGGAUGUUUUGGAGAAAUCUGAUCAUUUGUUGGCUGCAGCAAAAAAUCUGUUUGAUGUUCCUCGUAAACGCACAGGUAAAUAGUUAAUUAAAAUAAAG